UUCCAGUCCCGAGAGGAAGACGAACCCCAGACGCAAGUGGUCGGCCUGACAAGAAACUCACGUAUAUCGCUUAAAGUCAAGAUGACACUGAAGUGCUGCGUGAGCGUGCUUCUGCUAAUCUCUCUGUCGGCGGAGGUUCGGGGAGCGUGUAACCAGACCACGGGACGGAAUGGAACUGCCGGCGGGGGGACAGGCGACUUUCGCCCGCUGGUCCUGCUGAGCGAGGCGGUGCUCAUGACACUCGGCUUCGGGCUUUUUGCCGGCCUGGUAGCCCUCGCCUUCACGCUGGUUCGGAAGCACGUGUACCAUGACCAGGACGAUCUGGACACCACGUUCGACGCGGGGGGUCAGGUGUCCGUGGGUCUGACGGCGACGACCAUCGUGUCCCAGUGGACAUGGGCCGCCACGCUGCUGCAGUCGUGCACGGUGGCUAGUAAGUUCGGCAUCAGCGGCCCGUUCUGGUACGCCGCCGGCGCCUCCGUGCAGAUCAUCGUCUUCGCCAUCCUGUCUAUCGAGAUGAAGAUGAAGGCACCGGGAGCUAAGACCUACCUGCAGGUUAUCAAAGCCCGGUUCGGUCCGAAGGCGCACGUGGUGUUCUGUGUGUUCGCCCUCCUGACCAACGUGCUGGUGACUGGGAUGCUGCUGCUGGGGGGCAUAGCCUCGAUCACGGCCCUCGUCAACGGGCUCAGUACGGAGACAGCUGCGAUCUGCCUCGCAAUUGUUAUCGGUUCCUACACGCUGAUUGGUGGACUCGGCGCGACCUUCUAUGUCUCCUACUUCAACACCGCUUUGAUCUUCGCCGUCCUGAUCGCCAUCCUGGCAAAGGUGUACCUUGUGGGAGAGGACACCGCACAGAACCCCCUGGGCAGCGCGGACGCCGUGUUCGACCUACUGACGUGCAGCAGCGGCCCGGCCGGGAACAGGGACCAGAGUUACCUCACCUUCUUCUCCACGGGGGGCCUCAUGUUCGGCGUCAUCAACAUCAUCGGAAACUUCGGGGCCGUCUUCUGCGACCAGGCCUAUUGGCAGAGCACCAUCGCUGCGAGGCCUUUACAGGGCGUGUGGGGGUUCAUAUCCGGCGGGCUGGCGUGGUUCGCCAUCCCGUUCUCCAUGGCCACCACGGUGGGGCUGGCCUUCGUGGCGCUCAGCACCAGGAGCGGGAAGGAGCUGCUCUCAGCGGAGGACGUGGAUAAAGGGUUGGUGGCCUCCGUGGUGGUGAACCAGCUGAUGGGCCACACGGGCCAGGCCAUCCUCCUGCUGAUGCUGCUCAUGGCCGUCAUGUCCACCGGGUCAGCUGAGGUCAUCGCUGUGACGUCAAUCAUCGUUUACGACAUCUACAAGGACUACAUCAGCCCCUUCAGACGGGAUCUCGAAGAAGACGACUGCGUCCUUUGCGGCAUGAAGAGAGAGAACCCCGUGAGCGAAGACGAGAAGUGCUUCUGUCACCCCAUCUCCUCCUGCACAAAGUGCCACGAGGAGAAUCACGCGCGCGCCCAGCCCACCGGCUUCCACCAGUACACAUGUCCCACGCACGCCGCCUACCGGAACUACCUGGACAUGCUGCUGGGGAAGAAGAACAUCUACAUCGUGGUGGUUACCGUGGCAACGGUUCCUCUUGUCCUUCUUGCUGACGCGGCAGGGCUGAACCUGGGCUGGCUGUACCUGUUCAUGGGUGUGCUGAUCGGGGCCGCGGUCAUCCCCAUCGGCAUGGCGCUGUUCUGGGCGCGCACCACGGCGGCAGGGAUGAUCUCCGGGGCGACUGUCGGCUGCGUGCUGGCCCUGAUCUGCUGGCUGGGCACCGCCGCCAGUUUUCCGGGAGGACUCGGAGGCGGGAACUUCAUCAAAAAUAGCGGAGACCAGGUGAGCAUGAUCGUCGGUAAUCUGGUCAGCAUCCUGUCGGGCGGCGCGAUCUGUGCCGUGGUGAGCAUCGUGCAGAGUUACGACAAGACGGAAGACGAGCUGAUGAGAGAGUGGGAGAAGACCCGCAGCGUGGACAACCCUCUAAAGCCCUGGGGACCCACCUACCAGAGCGCAUACAAAAUGACGUCUGCCAACAAACUGAACGACCGCCCGUCCUUCGAGGAGAUCCGCCGCUUCUGCCGAAGACCCCGGAUGACCGCGUUGAUUGCUGGGAUAGGACUGAGUCUCGUUCUGGUUAUCAUCUGGCCGGCUGGUAUGUUGGGGGUCGGAGUUAUGAACGGUUCCGAGUUCCAGCACUGGGUGAACGUGUCCCAGACCUGGGCCUUCCUGGCCGCUGCUUUCGUCAUCGUCGUGCCGCUGGUGCAGGAGGUCGUGUCCAUCUACAAGAACUACCGGGCCAACAAGGAACACGGAAAAGGUGACCAGGAAGUGUAUCAGAAUGGGACUGCUACCACAGGCUUGCCACCUGAUGCUACAGUAACUCGUCUGUGAGAAGACGAAAAAAACUUUAAAUGAAAAAUAUAUAUAAUUCUUCAGUACAGCAAAAUAACUAAUAUAGAUGUGUUAUUUCGUAAACAAUGGGUCCAAUGUUUGGUAAGGAUAUCUUAACUAUGUCAUGAUUUUACUAAUACAUUGUAUAUAUGUUUAAGCUUAUCUUUAUAAUCAUAUAACUGUAACGAUGAAGGUUGAUGUUACAAAAAAACUGGUGUUUGAUGUAUAACAAAUUGCAACUGUAUGCAACGCUGUGAACAUACGUGUACCCUUUUAACAUUUAAGCAUUGAUAUUUUUAUAUACCGCUCACCCAACUCAAGGUACCAAUAAAACUCAAUUCCAUCAUUUAUACUACCUCAACUAUUUGAGCCGCAUUAAUUCACAUUACCAAGUUUUAAAAAAUCGCCACCUCGUAUUUAUUCUUCUAUGAAUUACAUACAUGGCUCAAAUUCUGUCUUCAAGGUCUCGAAUGGCAGGUGAUCGAUGAAUCGCUGCAUAUAUUCUCUGUCAAAUGGCGCUUUCAAAUCAAUCCCUACCUCUGUGACUAGUCAGUGGGUGAUGGAUGAAGAAAGAAGAUGUUUAGAGAUAUGUCCCCACCUUCUGAAAUAACUUAUGACUACAGAUCUAACACAAAUUUUGGUCACCCAACCCGGCGGCAUGAUCACAAGAAAGGACUAAAUGUAAAUCAAAUGUAGACGGAAUACUGUGGAGUAUAACUUUAUAACGUUACGUGUGUUAAUCAAGAAAACGAGAACGAUAUCUGACUUAUAUUCUAAGGGUGGUAAGGAGGUUUUUCCUUGUGUUGUAGUUUGAUACUCCGUUAAUCUAAAUAUUCUUAAAAUGUUGACUAUAUACAAUUUGACUACAUGCCAUUUGUGCAUGCCUUUCUUCAUUCAGACAAUGUCAUGAGCUAGUAGUAUUUUAUCAAACAGCAAUUACCUUUCCUUAUGUGGUGUGAGUCAUCUUAGUGGAGUUGUUUAUGUUUUACCUUUAAAACGGCAUUAAAAAAUAAAGGAAUGCUUUUAAACCUA